GUCUUAUCAACAUCGAAGAGGCAAAUGGUGUUCUUGAGCGGCCUGGCCUCAAGGGGAGGGUAGACGGCUGCUGCUUCGGUCAUUGUGCUUAUAUUCUCCUCCUUUUGCUAUUUUCGCGCUGAAAUAUGUGAUUCGAAUGGCCGCCUGGUACGAGGUUUAAAGGUAGACAGACUAUUGGGGGAAAAAAGCCGUAGUGAUGGCAGAGUCAAGAGGGUUGUGCUGGAUGUUGAGUGUGUUCGCUGUACUGUACUGUUGUCGGUGAACAAGUAACUAACAACUAGUUACUGCGGGGUCUGCUUUGGUGGGGCAAAACGUUUGUCUGGGCCUCUGGUUGUUUAAAUAACAGCCUCUAGGUUUGUGCCUAUGAAUGCUUUUUUAUCCUGAGCAGUAAGUACCAAACACUUUCCAAUGAUAUAAUCAUAUAACUACAAUAUGGAAGUCCCUUUUGUUCCAUAUAUUAAGAGAAUGCCUUCCUAAUCAAUACACAUUUACAUAUGGUUAAAUCCAUAUUAUGUCCAGCAGCUCCACGAAUGGAAACCCCCUUGAACUAUGUAUGUCUAUUAUACCAUAAGAUCUAGAGCGCAAGAUCAUGCGAAUAUAACGCUGAAAUAUACAGAAAACAUAAAAGUCAAGACUGAGUUGCCUCAUUGCCUUGUCCGUUCUCAAAAUACUUCGCGAAAUGGUGGGCAAAGAGCUCCGGGCGAUUAUAGUGUCCAGCAUAGUCUGUAACGUAUUUCGGAAUCACCAAAUCAUUUGCACUGACAUCUGCGUAGAGAAUUCCUUCUUGGGCCUCUUCAAAUGGCCCUGCAACUAUGGAGCCGUUGGGUCCAAGGAUUGUGGCGCGGUCAGUCUUCUCCUGAUGUUUGUGCAGGAAUUUACGCCCUGCCUCGUCGCCGCCAUACGCGUCAAUGGCCUCGUUGGAAACUACUGCGACGGAGUUGAUGACGAAACAAGAGAGUGAGGCUGCCAGUCCUCCACUAUACGUCAAGAUGUUCCUCUGCAUAUCAUCCGGGGCAAUGCUUGGGCCGAAGUGGGCUGGCCAUGAGGCCACAUGCACGAUCGGAUAGUCGAGGGAGAGGGAGUAGAUCGCCAGGGGAUUCCCGUUCUCACCGCAAAUGAGAGUGCUCAGACAGCCAAAAUCGGUCUGUACGGAAGCUUUACUUCCGGUAGCUCCAGGAGCGUGGAUCAGCCGCUCUCCGAUGGUUGGCACGUAUUUUUGAUGUUUGUGCAGCAGCUCGCCAUCGCGCCCGAACAUCAAUUGCGUGUUGAAGAGUGUACCAGUGCUGCCUGCACGUCUCUCGUUGAUGCCCACGACGGCAUAUAUAUUGGCAUCUCGACAUGCUUCUUGGAUUGCGCUUACUUCUGGCCCGGGAACCUCGACGGCUUCGUGGAAGAAUUCGCGGUACAAAGAGAGGGCUGGCUCAGAGACCAGGGGAAGAAUCUCAACCCAUGAUGGGAAGCAGGGGAUGAAGCCUUCAGGAAAUCCAAUAACAUCUGCCCCCUUCUCGCCAGCUUCGCGGAUGAGGCGACACACUUUCUCAGUGGUUCCAGCACGGUUAAGAAAUACCGGUGCCGCCUGGACAGCGGCGAUUUUGAUAGUCUUUUUCAGAUCAGGGGCCAUUUGAAGCUUCUAAGGCUCAGAUUUCGCAAGCUCAGAAAGGGGGGUCUCUUGUUAAUUGCCCGUAAAGAGUAGUAGAGAGUACACGCACGGCCGCCUGUCUGCCUCUUGGGGUACUUUCUUAUUCAAAAAAGACUCACUCAAAAAAUGUCAUGACUUAAAAUGAAUGCCCAUUUUGAUCACUGCACAAAUAUUUUCCCCUUCUCCCACCCUGGAGAGCAGUGGGAUGCGGGGUAUCAUUUGCCUGAGGAAGGAGAAAUGUCGAAGGGCGGACAAUUUGUCGAAUGGGACUAAUUGGAGAAAGCCAACACAACACAAACCGAAAAUAACUACCUUAGCUCUAAAGCUCAAUACCGCCUAACGCGGAUUGGAAUGGUGCGAAGGCUGAUUGGUGGUUGCUUUCCAAGAGUCUCUAACUUCAAAAGCGAGUUAGGGCCGGGAGUGCCGUUGGAGCUCAAGCUCACACAGGGUAGAAUGACUCUUGGGGAACGUUGGCAUCUCCGCUGAAGCAGCAACAGUAUGGCGCGCUGCCCGCCAGCUGCACCGGCGAGAGAUAGAAUUUUCCGACCCCCAAAAUUGAGAACCCAAGUAUGACCAAUUAUGAUGUGCAGUCUCGGCUACUUGCAGCAAGCUGCAGAGGUUGGUUCGCACGCUGGUGGGCUGUUUAGCCUGAUUCCCUCUAGCUCAUGUUGCUCGAUGCAAAAAAACGAAGCUCCGCUCGAGAACCGAAAGGGAACUCUAAGAAUACUCCCUCGUCCAGGGAUAACGAAAUUAACUGGAAGAAUUAACUUCCAAUAUGGAGAGCGAACCCGAUCGUUUUGAUAGUUAUCAGGAAAGUGUUGACCUGGGACCGACUGACGAACCUCACAGUGAAGAUGAUCUCGAAAAUGAGUUCGAUUCUGAGAGUCUGCGAGUUCUUGAGGUAGUGGGCGAAGGGAAUGGAGACGAGUUGCGGCUCCUCCUUGACAAAGGCGUUAAUUUGAGAGCUGUAGACCGCGACGGACAAACAGCCCUUCACCUGGCGGUGAUAAACGAUCGUGUGUCACUGGCAGAGCUUCUGCUCAAGGCUGGUUCUAACACCGAAGCUGCCAGUCACAGCGGCAGCAAGCCAUUAUACAUCGCGGCGGAGCUAGGAAAUAUAACGUUUGUGAAUCUUUUAUUGCGCUUUAAUGCCGAUGUCGAAUCGCACAAUGACGAAACUGGAUAUACGGCAUUUCACCAGGCCCUAUUAAACGGACACGCCGAUGUUGCUGAGGCCCUUCUAGAAAAUGAGGCGGAUAUCGACGCGUUAACUCCAGAUGGGCACACUCCAUUAUUCAGUGCCGUUAUACACGACAACGUGGACAUUACUGAAUUCCUGCUGGAGAAUGGCGCCAAUAAAUAUUUACGCGAUGACAAUGGUAAAACGGUGGACAAUUUAGCAACCAGUGAUCUCAUGCGUGAAUUGCUUCGAUCGGAUAGGGUAUUGCAAGGUCCAUCCGUCGAAAGACGCAAGGCUAAACCGGAGAUUCAUUAUACGGUUCCAGUUCUUCCCGCUGACGAAACCGACAAAUUGAAAGCCUGCCAGGGAUUUGAAGGUACCAUCAUUGACUUUUUUGUUGAGGGAACCGAGCAGAGAAUCGAGAAAACAGUGUCGGUUUAUGAUAUACUCUACGGGAAAGGGCCAGCGGCAAUUAUGAAUUUUGCAAAAGGAAAAAAGAUCGACAAACAGCCGAGUUUUCGGUGGUAUCACUUACCCGCAAACAAUAUGGAAUGGGUUGAGAUUCUGGUUAGCCGUCAUUUUGGCGAACGGGACUCUGGCGCGGUAAUACUGAGCGAAGAGUCAAAGUCAAAACUUGCCUUAACUAAUGGUGUUGGUCAACAAUUUCGAGCUUCCGCUUCUCUUUCCUCGUAUAUGAGGCCCUUGUGCCGAACCAUCAAUUCCCCUGGCUUGCACCUAGGAAACGACACAACAGAUCAACUCAUGCUAUUCAUUCCGUUUCUCCACUUUGAAACACAUGCUGGCUAUAAGCGAAUGGUUGAGUUUUUAAAGCAUGAGAAAGAUGAGAAGGAAAAAGCUAUGCGAAGCGAGCAACGCCCGCCCUCAAAAGCACCGCCAUUGCGUCCAGCUAGAAAAAAAACACAAUCAAGAGUGUCACGCCCGCCACCAGUAGUACGAACAGCUGUUAGGAGCUCAUAUCGCGCCAGUACAGAAGAUACCGAGGAGCCAUCUCAAUCUCUGAACAUUUUUCAUGGGGCCAGAGAUUUAAUGUCAGCUAUCCGUACUCUCGGUAGUAAAGUGCGCCAAACGUCAGAUCACGUUGUUAAGACAUUCCGAAAAUCAUCGGGUCAACAGGACGACGUAGAAAAAGGCAAAAGUACACCUAGUGUCCAGGACGACGGUCGAGCCGCCGAAAAUGACGCAGCUGACACAGUGCCCACAAGUACUGGAAAGAAAGAUGUGACUCGAAAUUUCAAUUCCGAUGGGAGUGGUGUGCUGGGCGGAAGUAAACAACCCAGGGGUUCGAUAUCCGCGGAUAAAAUAGAAGAGGAUCAGACAAGCAUUUUACAAAUACCGCCAACCAAUCAAACAAUCGGUGACACGCAAAAUUCACCCCGUGCGGAAGAUCCGACACAACUAAACGUUGAUAUCGCAGAGGGGAAUACUGCAGGCCUUUUGACCACGGAAAAUCCACCAUCUCCAAGCAUCAGUAUAUCAAGAACGCAUACACAAACUCGUGUAGCUAAAACUGUGAAUUCCCCUGUUGGCGAAUCUCCGGAUGUGUCGACUCCUGUUGACCAGUCAGGAGGAGCGCAUGCGACUUUGGAUGGCCCCGCUGGGGAGGAUUCUGCUGCAAAACGUAGUAGCACUCGUCCCGGUACUGAUGGUCAUAAAACAGAAGAAAAUGAUGUCCGACCCAAGACUGGUCCCGAUAUCAAACGUCGCGGAACUUUUCCUAAUAUUCCCGAAAAUGUCGGUCAACAAACGGAUGCAACCACUGAGAAAAAUAGUGCCGGACGCACAAAGCCUAGGAUACCUUUCGACGAACAUCUCGUGAAAGGGUACUUGUCGCCAUUGAACCCCGCAGACUCACCCCUUCAUCUAAGAAGAACUCUCGAUCAAUAUUUUUAUACCCAUCUCACCAAUACUACCGCAAGAGACGAUGGCCAGGUGGUCUAUCGAUACAUACGGGAUAAUUCCGCAGAGCCUAAGAUCUUUAUGGUAGAUCAGUUGUGGCUUUGGAUACUGAACGAUGAUACCAUUAUUAGCUGCUUUCCCCGGCGGUGGGAUGUCUGGUCUGGCCAACCUCCGCCCGCAGCCGAAGCUGAUUUCGAAACAGCCUCCCCACCUAAUCCCAUAAUUAUCGACCUUCCGCAGUUUCCGGAUACAGAAACUAGAACUAAUCGUUCGGAAUUUCAUGGGCGUGGACAUGGACACGACUACGCUAGUCACGGCAAGAUGAGGGAUAAAAGUAUGAGUGAAUCAGGGUUUAUGCUUGGUUGGGUAACAGGGAAAAAACCGAAAUCGGGGUUUAACAGAAGGGACGUUUAUGCUAAAACACAACGAUGGAGGACGUCCGUAGUUCUCCAGGAACGGCAUUAUCGAUAUACGGAUGAGCGUAGUAGUAGCAGUGGCCAGGCCUCCAUUGAGAAAAGGCGUUUAGCAUUACUCAAACGUGACCCCUUGAACGUUCAUCAAAUGAUACUUAGCCACAUUGGAUUGAAGACGCGGGAUCCUCUCACGUCAGCUCAGGAUCUGGCGCAGCUCAUUGCCAGCUUUUGUAUAGGAUUAUUUGAUCAAUACAGCGUCCCGGAUGAGUAUCAAUUUUUUGACUUCUUCGAACGAUCUCUUGGUGCUGUGAUUGACCAAGAAACGCAAUGUUUUGAGGAAUUCGCAUGUAGACUUGAUCAAUCAAGCAAGGGUGCGGUAGCCAGCUCAGAGGUCUUCAGCAUUAGCGCUGAAACACAGCUGCUAGUCGAGAUCAAAGAUAUUAUCGACGAACUUGGAAUUUUGCACAUGAUUUUGAGUGAUCAAACGAUGCCUUUGGAAGAGUUUUCCAAAUUUCUGGCGGAGCGCAAGAGAAUUAAGAAUGGGAGUGUAAACGACGAAAAUUCCUCACCAGUACGAUUUCCAGUACUUGAGAACCAUAUAUAUCGGGUUGAAAAAAUGCAAAGGCUCGCGAAUCAGACUUACAAAGCCCUCUAUAACCUUCUCGAUCUGAAGCAGAAACAAAACAAUGUCUCUGAAGCAUUGUCCGCCCGUAAACAGGCCGAGAAUGCGUCGAUGCAAGCAGAAGCAACUAAAGAACUUACCGAACGGGGCUUGGAGAAUGCUGACCUCUCCCGCAAGCAGGCAGAUGAAUCCAUACGACAAGGUAGAACGGUGCUAGUUUUCACCGUGGUCACUAUUAUAUUUCUUCCGCUGUCGUUUAUGGCUGCAUUUUUCGCCAUUAAUAUCGAUGCUUUUCCUUGGAAUAACGGAGACAAGCUCCCGAUGGAUUACGUUUUGAGAUACAUGUUUAGCAUCUCCGGGGCAAUAUCCAUUCCUUUUAUUCUGAUCGCAUUAAACCAGGAUCGGAUUGCAAAAUUUUUGAAGAACCAUGGCCGACCAACGGCGGCAGGAGUUUCUAUCGCUGUGCUACUGGUAAUACUGCUUUCAGUCAUUUGGACCAGAAAUCUAGCGUCAGGAAUGAAGGCAGCUGUGACGACAUUUCUUGUUAUAUUGACUAUACUGGGUCUUGCAGUUCGCUGGAUAUACCGAACCUUAUUCUCCAUCACAUCAUUCGUGAGCGAUUCCAAUUCCGAUUAUUCUUAAUAUUAGUGCUAGAACAAUCCAGAUCAAAGUGAAUAGAGCAGAAGAAUUCCAUGCGUAACUUCCGAUCACAUUCUUAUAGACUCAACAUGGCCUAACAUUUCCCAAAG